UGGUCGCGAUUCUUCAAUGGCUUCAUGCUAUGAUGGUCUCUAUUUAAAAAUGCCAUCCCAUUACAUCAGACUGAUGCUGACUUGAUGUUUCAAGUGCUUUAUUGCACUUGUCAGGACAUUAAUGUAAAACAGCUGUUGGAACUGUAGAAAAACACAACAUAUGUGAUGUGUUGUGUUCAAGUUAAAAGGUCUAAAAUGAGUCAUUAUGAGGGACUCUCUGUGCUUCUGGGUCUUUCUCUCUUUCUCACUUUGCUUACUUAUCUCUGCUGAAAAAAAAAAAUUAAAAAGCCAAUUGAAGCUACUUCCUCUUUUAGCCUCGGUUUAGGAAACACCUGCUUCACACGCCCAGAGGUGGUGGGAUCGGAAACACAAAGGGACUCAUGUCGGUGCACUAUGAAGCACCUCAUUUAAAAACCACAGAAUCACGCAUUCAGACACAAAAUCCACUCCAAAAUGAUCCCAGGCAACAUAAAAUAUAGCAAAAAUAUAAAGGGAGGAAAAGAAACCCAAAUUAUUUGAUGCAGAAGGUGUGAUAAGGGGUGACAGGAGCGUGGUCAGUGUACUGUGACUGCGACAGACUGAGAAGAUGCAUCAUAUCACAUGAGUACAGCCUGUAUGUAAAUGAUGUGAGGUUCCUGUGUGCAUGUGCUGUGGAUUUAUGUUCAGAAAGGACCAAAGACAGCCACAGUGAAUACCUUAAUCCUCCCUUCAUGGGCCAGAAAAAUUCCCACCCAAAGUUGUUCCCGGGGGACAUUGUGGAGUAUCCCAGGAACAAAUACUUCUCUCAUUUCGGAGUGUACUAUGGAGAAAGGGACGGAGUUCCAUACGUCGCUCACCUAACGUGUCGAGAUUCAGACACCAAACUGCUGCUGUACGGCCGAGCUCUCAGGUCAGAGGUCAAACUGGACCCUCUGGAGCUUUUGGGGAAGAAAUACAAGGUCAACAACAUGCUGGAUGACACGCACCCUCCGCGGGACUUCCACGGUGUGGUGAAGCCCGCCAUCGAGGACAUGAUGGGCCGCGAGGUGACCUUUGACAUCCUGUUUCACAACAGUGAGCAUCAGGCGACACUUUUUAGAUACGGAGUGAAGAAGUCUGAACAGAUUGAUGAGAUCUACGAGUAUAUCAUGCCAGCCUGGAAGAAACUGUUCAAGGAGAAACAGCUGUAAACCAGG